GAGUUACUCAAAAUGGGAACCAGGCAAAGCCGAUUGCGGCGCAAAGACGGCAAGCCCCCUUCAGAGCUCUUAGGAUGGAGAAAGAGGCGCUCAGAUGAUAAGCCCUCUUCGGAGAAGGAAAAGGCGGAGGUAGAAGGCGCGGCACACGCAGUUACAAAAGGGGCUACACCCUCUCAUGAUGACAUCACAUGCAAUAACUCUGUGAUAUUCUGCAGGGGUCAGUAUCUCCAAGGCAGUAGUAGAGACUGAGCCAGGGCAGUUAGAAUCCACUCAGGCUCCUCCCAGUGUUCUUCAAGAAUGUGAAACUGCUACUAAUACUGCAAGACCAAACGAGCCUGCUAACAAUACUUCAGCUCCUAACACAACCUAUACACUGACACUUGACAAUACUCAAGAUAUUCUUGAGAUGUUGUAUGAAGCACGAGAGAAGUGGCGUAACAUUGGAGGAGCCUUCCGCCUUUCUGAGUCAACUCUGGAUAAUAUUGACUCCGAGAACAGAAACAAUGACGACAAGCUGCGUAAGGUCAUCAUUGAAUGGCUCAAUAGAUACGGAGGAACAGGAGAUUGCACUUGGUCCCAUGUGGCCAUGGCACUGAGAAAUAAAACUGUGGCUCGAGAAGAUGUUGCUCGUGAGGUGUUAGAGCAGCAUCCCCAGCCAUGGAGUGUUCCUCCUCCCUCCCUUCCUCCUCCACACACUUCCCCUGACUCAGGAUCUGGAGCUACUGCAGCUACGCUGAAACUCAGUACCUCCCACCCUCUAGCAGGUUGUCGGGGGAUAUCUGCAGCCGACAACAAAUGUACUAAAUGGAAAGCGGCAAGUUCCAACGGGAAGCACCCUUACUAGCUAAAACUAUCACAACACAUGGCA